AUGUCAUUGUGUUUGCCCAAUGAGACGUCUGCCCGGUGGAUUGGCCUUAACCGUGAGUGCAGCACGUGGUUUGAGCGAGUGAGCAUGAUGGUGAUCCUGCUCAACUGCGUUACCCUGGGGAUGUACCAGCCCUGCGAGAACAUCGACUGCUCCUCCGACCGCUGCCAGAUACUACAGUACUUCGACGCCUUCAUCUACAUCUUCUUCGCCGUGGAGAUGGUGGUCAAGAUGGUGGCGCUGGGCAUCUUUGGGCGGCGGUGUUACCUGGGCGACACCUGGAACAGACUGGACUUCUUCAUCGUCAUGGCAGGGGUUGUGGAGUACUCUUUGGACCUGCAAAACAUCAAUCUCACAGCAAUCAGAACAGUGCGAGUGCUGCGACCCCUUAAAGCCAUCAACCGGGUGCCAAGCAUGCGUAUCCUGGUGAACCUGCUACUGGACACGCUGCCCAUGCUGGGGAACGUGCUGCUGCUCUGCUUCUUCGUCUUCUUCAUCUUCGGCAUCAUCGGCGUGCAGCUGUGGGCCGGUCUGCUGCGCAACCGCUGCUACCCCGCGGAGAACUUCACCCUUACGACGGGCAUCACGCUGCCCAAGCCAUACUACCAGCUGGACGAGGAUGACGAGCGGCCCUUCAUCUGCUCGCUGGCACUGGACAACGGCAUCAUGUCGUGCCAGGACGUGCCGGCCCGGCGGGAGGGUGGCCGUGCCUGCUGCCUCAACAAGAACGACGUGCUGCACCGGCAGACUCUGGGCCUCGGACCAGAACCGCUGGUAAACGGCAGCGCCAGCGGUGAUGGGCUCUGCGUGAACUGGAACCAGUACUACACCCGUUGCCGUACGGGUCACAGUAAUCCACACAAGGGUGCCAUCAACUUUGACAACAUCGGCUAUGCCUGGAUCGUCAUCUUCCAGGUCAUUACACUGGAGGGCUGGGUGGAGAUCAUGUACUACGUGAUGGAUGCUCACUCCUUCUACAACUUCAUCUACUUUAUCCUGCUCAUCAUUAUCGGCUCCUUCUUCAUGAUCAACCUGUGCCUGGUGGUCAUCGCCACGCAGUUCUCCGAGACCAAGCAGCGGGAGCACCAGCUGAUGCAGGAGCAGCGCGCCCAGUGCCUCUCCUCCAGCACGCUGGCCUCCAUGGCCGCCGAGCCGGGCGACUGCUACGAGGAGCUCUUCCAGCUGGUGUGCCACGUGCUGCGCAAGGCCCGCCGACGCACCGUCGCCUUCCUCCGCCGCCUCUGGGAGUGUCCCGGCGGGGGCGGCGGGGGGGGGAAGCCCGGGGCGGAGAAGACAGGGGGCACCGGCGCGGCGGGGACGGGGGUGAACGAGGGGGGACGAGGAGCGGAGAUGGCCAACGUGAACGGGGGAGAGCGGGGCCGCCUCCGACAGAUACCGAUGGACUCUCAUUGUCCGCACUGCUCCAAAGCCGAGCACAUCUCCGCAGACAACCCCACCGACCCCGCCGUCACUCCCACCGCUGAGGCCUGUCCCUAUUGCUCGGCGGCGCUGUCGCUCAUCGACGGUGCGGGCCCUGGGGACGGCUCGGCCAAUGGGGACAAGGAGGCAGGCGACGCGGGGGAGACGGACGGAAAAGGCGACCAAUCAGAGGGCGAGGGGAAGGUUGAGAGGCGGACGUGCCAGGGCCGCUGCAGGGGUGUGUGGGUGGAGGUGCGCAUCAAGCUGUGGGGCAUCGUGGAGAGCAAGUACUUCAACCGAGGCAUCAUGAUCGCUAUCCUCAUCAACACUAUCAGCAUGGGCAUCGAGCACCAUGAACAGCCGGAGGAGCUGACUAACAUCUUGGAGAUCUGCAACAUCGUGUUCACCAGCAUGUUCGCUCUGGAGAUGAUGCUCAAGCUGACGGCCUUCGGCUUCUUCAGCUACCUGCGCAACGCCUACAACAUCUUCGACGGCAUCAUCGUCAUCAUCAGUGUGUGUGAGAUCAUCGGUCAGUCGGACGGGGGACUGUCGGUGCUGCGGACGUUCCGUCUGCUGCGGGUUCUAAAGCUCGUGCGCUUCAUGCCGGCUCUGAGGCGACAGCUGGUGGUGCUGAUGAAGACCAUGGACAACGUGGCCACCUUCUGCAUGCUCCUCAUGCUCUUCAUCUUCAUCUUCAGUAUUCUGGGGAUGCACAUCUUUGGCUGUAAGUUCAGUCUGAAGACGGAGGCGGGAGACACGGUUCCAGACAGAAAGAAUUUUGACUCCUUGCUCUGGGCAAUCGUCACUGUCUUUCAGAUCCUGACCCAGGAGGACUGGAACGUCGUGCUGUAUAACGGCAUGGCCUCCACCUCUCCCCUGGCUGCUCUCUACUUUGUGGCGCUCAUGACCUUUGGAAACUACAUCUUGUUCAACCUGCUCAUCGCCAUCUUGGUGGAGGGCUUCCAGGCGGAGGGCGAUGCAAACCGCUCUUACUCCGAUGAUGACAGGUCCUCGUCCAACUUUGAUGAGAGCGAGAAGCACAAAGAUUCCCUCCAGUUGUCUGAUCCCAAGAUCUGCACCCUGACCCCCAAUGGCCACCUGGAGAUGGGUUCGCUGUCGGCGGCGCUGGGCGUGUUCGCGGCCGAGCGGAGGAGCUUCGCUCUGGGCUCCCGGAAGAGCAGCAUCAUCAGCCUGGGCAAGGCCAGCCUGGAGCAGCGCUCCCUCUCACUGCGGCACAGCCGGCGCAGUUCCAUCUACCACCACUGGGGGCGCCCUCCCCUCCCCCCUCCCCAGCACAUCCUGAGCCGCCGCAGCAGCUGGAACAGCCUGGGCCGUCAGGUGCGGGGCGGCAGCCUCCGCGUGCGCGGCACCUCCUCGCGUCCCUACCCCAGCGAGCACGAGUCCCUCCUCGCCCCGCAUCCGUCCCUGCCCCACCCGUCGCAUCCACACCUGGCUCACCUGCCCCCUCCGCUGCUGCUGUCACGCCGCUACCCCCAUCGCCGCGACCGCCGGGCCCUCUCCCUGGAGCUGCCGCAGCUCCUGCUGAUGCCGGCCUCCUCCGGCUCCCCCCUCUCCCAGCAGUACCCCCAGCAGCAGACGCACCUCCCGCUGCCCCUUAAGAAGACCUCUUCCAGGGAGAAGGCGGCAGGCGAGCACCAGGACUGCAACGGAAAGGCCCCGGCCGGGCCACUGGCCCCGCUCCUGGGGGAGGUGUUCCCGCAGGUCAACAGCCGCAAGGGCGAGUUGGAGGAGGAGGUGGACUACACCCUGUGUUUCCGUGUCCAGAAGAUGAUCGAGGUGUACCGGCCAGACUGGUGCGAGACGCGCGGGGACUGGUCUGUCUACCUCUUCUCCCCCCAGAACAAGUUCCGACAGCUCUGUCAGUCCAUCAUUGCCCAUAAGCUCUUUGACUAUGUGGUGCUGGCCUUCAUCUUCCUCAACUGCAUCACUGUGGCCUUGGAGAGGCCCAAGAUCCAUCAGGGCAGCCUGGUAAGCCCGAGGCACCGCCCCCAAACCCCCUCCACUCACCCUGGGCCUCCUCAGGCCUCUUCACCUACUGAAGCCCCAGACACCUCCCCAAACCCACUCCACUCACCCUGGACCUCCUACAGGCCUCUUCACCUACUGAAGCCCCAGGCACCUCCCCAAACCCACUCCACUCACCCUGGGCCUCUUCACCUACUGAAGCCCCAGGCACCUCCCCAAACCCCCUCCACUCACCCUGGACCUCCUACAGGCCUCUUCACCUACUAA